UUGUUGUGGGAUGUCAACAAACGCAUCAUGUCAAAGAAAGAUAAAAGAGCAACAUUUUUGACAGACUUAGGAAGAGCGACUAAAAGAGGAGUGCGUAAAUGCCACAAGUGUGGUACUCUUAAUGGUACACGAGGAUUUUCCUGCAAAAACAAGUCUUGUGAUGUUAUAUUUAAUGCAGCUGGAGAGAAAAAGAAAUUUUCGACGGAAGCAUGCCGAAUAACAGCAGGCACUGAUGCUCAGAUAUACUCAGUUCGGGUGAGAGACAAAGGCCCUGAUUAUAGAGGUUUCGUACAGCUUCCUCUCAUUCAGUCAGUGGAUGGCUCCGGAGAUCUCUUAAUUGGAACAGAGCCCUUUACUGAUCCGAUUCUUCUUGCUCAGAUGGCACAGAUGGGAGCCAGAUGUUACGUAGAGCCAUGUCAGAGGAAAAGUGAAAAGUUACUGGUUCACCAGUCUACGUUAUGUUCUCAUAUUAGAGCUGCAGCACAAUGCUUCAAAGAAGCUAUUUCCCUAACAUUAAAAAAUUCGGUGCUUAACUCUUUGUCCAUCCCUCAAUCCAUCAAAACUGAAAUAUGGCAGCUUGCAACAGAAACCCCUGGACCACUUGUGCAGAGAGUGUCGAAAAACAUAAUGGUAGUCAAGUGUAAACCAGAAGCUCUGCACCCAUUAGGAUUUCUGCAUUUUAGUUUUCAACAGUUUCGAAACAAAGAGGAUAUAGAGUACAAGUAUUUUUGUGGAUGCCGUGCUUUCAAGAUUCAGCCAGCAGCUCGAGAUGUUACAUUUCGCAAGUGUGUUCAUUUAUAUGCUUGUGUGGUGGCAUUUGCGAGUGAUCAGCACCUAGCAAAUGAAUUUUCAUAUUACGUAAAUUUAAUUCAAAGGUAA